AUGUCGGGUUCUCCACCAUAUAGUAAUCAUGGGCGUCGCUUCUCGGGAAAAGGCGAACAAUCAAUUUUCCUUGGCGCAGCUUCGUCAGGAAAAUUGCACCUUUUGGACAAGAAUCAUGAUAAUCGUAUUAUUUGGCUAUUAUUUGCUGCCCCGAUAAUGUCGUUGUUAUUUACUGUCAUUCCGGUGCUUGUAGAAUUUCACGGUGUUGGCGCUGAUAUCUAUCGUUUUAUUGAACCAUUAAUUGGACUACCAUUAAAUUUCUUUAUAUUGGCGUCGGCUGAAGUAUUUGUUGACUAUUCAGAACAUGAACGAAAAUUCUUGUUUACGAUAACAGAAAAAGGAUUCUGUAGUUUCCUGUUUACAAUUGGAGCUGCAUUUUACGCGCAAGGUGCUGGAAUGCAUAACACAGCAAUUAUGGCCAAACACAAAUUAGAAGACCUUAUUACUGAAUAUCCAAAUAUUACGUCUGAAUUUCCUGCCGUUAAUUCCACUAUGGAUUACAUGCAAACAGACCUAGAGCAUGUGACUGGGCAUUAUAUAUAUGCAGUAGGCGCAGCAAUUAUAACCUGGUCACAAUUACUCGCUUUCAGACGUCAAAGACAUGAUGAAAUCAGUAACGUCCUAAACUUCAUUGCAUUCUUCCUCGGCGCAUUUUUCUAUGCGAUCCUAUUGACUGGCGUAGCAAUCGAGUUCCCUAAAGGCACAAUUGUCGGUUUGGCCUACGUGUCGACGCUCGGACUCCUGUUAUUAGUAUUCAUGCUAAAAACUGGACAGUUGUUUAGUAAGGGACGUCGUUUGGUCCCGCAGUAUUAUACGCUAAGUUAUGGAUUGGCUCUGAUAAUGAUUCUUAUCUAUGUCGCUAUUAAUGGUGGAUUUGCGGAUAAAAAUUUCGAUUUCAGGAGCUAA